GGCAACAACCGGCAAAGGUUCAAUGGGCGUAUCAGCCGCUGCUUAUUACCCCGUUUAAUUGCCAUCGUACGCUGGUUUCUCCAACUAAAAAAACAACAAAAAUUGGCGUAAAUUUGUCAGUGAAUAUUGGCCGACUGUAUUUAUCAGUCUAGAAUUGUAUAAAUGUUAACACGAAAAUAACAUUAUUCGAAGGCACUGAUAAGCCCGCGGGCCAACCGAAAUUGAAAUGGAAACUACAUUGUCCGAAAGCCAGCAGCCGGUUGUCAGUAGAACUCGGAGAAUCGUCGACUACGGCAGCACAGUGCGGACGGAAUCGCAGCGCCGACCUUCAUUUGUUUUGAUCGCAACCCCGCGGAGCUAUACGAAAAUGAGCCACCACCACGAGGGCCAGGAUCGCCUCCAGCGAUUCGAGUACUUCCUCAAUGUUCUCAACCAGAUGUGCAUUGGAUUCAUCACCAUCUACAUCUCGUAUCUGACCCUGCGAACUGGAUUAGCAGGAACGGGACUCCACGCGUGGCUGGUUACCAUUGGAUUUUCCUUCUUUAUGGCCGAGGGCGUGAUGAUCCACUAUGGAGGAAAUGUUCUCACCAAUGGAUAUAAGCGGAAAACGAAAACCACAAUCCAUUGGGUGCUCCUGACCCUGGGCGGAGGCUGUGGAGCAGCUGGUGCCCUUAUCAAGAUGAUCCAAAAAGGUUUUUUGCUGCAAUCUAUUCACGGAAAACUAGGGAUGACAGCGUUUGUACUCUGCAUUCUUGCCAUGACAUCCGGAUUAUCUGCUCUAUUCUCUGCUCGGGUGAAGAAGCUGAUAACACCACUGCUGAACAAAACGUUCCAUAAUUUUCUGGGAUUUGCUUGCUUUGUGAUUGCCCUGGUCACCCAGUAUUACGGCUAUCAGACGGGCUACUUCAAGAGUCGCAGUGAGACGGACUUCCAAAUCCUCAUGAAGUGUCUCACUCUCAUAUCCCUGGUCCUCUCAAGCUACGGGCCCAUGAAAGCACUCUAUCAAAAAAUUUUAAAUAUAUCCCAGCAGUUUUAGGCGGCUGUAAACUGUAAUUAUUUC